AUGCAAUUUAAAUCUUUAGUAGCAUUGGCUAUUGCAACUUCAUUAGCCCAAGCAGCAGCUCCACCCUAUCACUUGUACAAAAGAUACGAGAAUGCCACUAUUCCAUCAUCAUCCUCAGAUGGAUUAGCAUCUUCUUCAGCAGAAGGUAGCUACGGAUACUCGGCCAGUGUUGUUCCAACUUCUCAAAAUUCAGAAGCAGCAGCAGCAGCAUCAUCAUCAUCAUCAUCACCUUCUUCUUCAAGUGAUGAAGACGAAUGGAUUACCUCAACUAUUGUCGAGUAUAUUACUGUUUCUGAUGCUUCAACUACUCAAACAUCAGCUACAAACACCUUGACAUCUACUUAUCCAAAAUCAUCUGCAGCAGCAGAAGGUUCAUCAUCUUCCGAUGAUGACUCAAUCACUUCAACUAUCAUCGACUACGUUACAUUGACAUCUGAUAGUUCAACUUACACUUCAGCUACAAACACUGCAGUCACAACCUUUGCCAAAUCGGGAAGCUCAAGUGAUAUCACUACUUCAACCAUUACCUCCGUCGUCACUGUGACUGAUGCCAAUGGUUCUACUAAACUUUCCACUGAGACUAGUGCUACAGCUCAAACAGGUGCUGCUCAAACUGGAGGUUCCAAACAAACUGUUGCUGCCGAGUCAGCAACUGCUCAAGGCUCUACUUCAACUACUGCCGCUUCUGGAAACAACGACAAGGAUGUUUGUGAAGCAUCAACCGUAACUGUCACUGUGACCGCUGCUCCAGCCACUACUUCUUCUUCCAGCAACAGCGAUGAAGAAGAUGACACUACCAUCACUGUUUCAACUGAAGUUUAUGUCACUUCAUAUCCAGUUCAAGCUGAAUUUACCAACAGUGACACCACUACUACAAUCACUUCAUUUGUCGAUGUUACUCAAACUCAAUUACACACCUUCACUUCUACAUUGAGUCACUACAACAACGCAUCAUCUUCAUCUUCGAUCGUUCCAACUUAUGGAUCUUCUGCUUACUCCAACUCUACUGUUCCACUUAGCACUGCUUGGUAA